AUGAUGAUCCCUUCGCCAUCCACUUCUUUUUCAGAAGAUGAAGAGAAUCAGAAUGACCUUGUUCAGGUCCUCACAUUAUUCGGCCACAAGAUGAGAGCCACCUAUAAAACGGAUCAAAUGCUGAGAAGAAUACAACAAAAAUCUCAUCAUACGACAUGGAUGUUGGAAGAUAACUUCGAUCCUUUUGCUUCCGACAAUAAAUUUACAACUACCAAUGCCGAACGAUUUUACAUUCCGAACCAAAAGAUGUCUCGCCAUCUCUAUCACAAGUUCGUGAUGGGAUCGGAACGAUCUAAAGGUUUACUCAAUGUCUUGGGUUUUUGCAUGUUACACAAGAAAUUGAAAAAAGAAAACCGAACAUUUGUUUGGAAAGAAAAUCAAAUUGUGGAACGCAUUGGAUUGCAAAAGCUCAUGGUGAAAUGUAACAGCAUCAAUUGGUCCUCAGCUCCAUCCUAUAAAGGAGGUGUUGUGAAUCGAUGGGGAGAUGAUUGGUGUGUUUUGAGCAUUGAAUUUAAAAAUCCAGAAAAUAAUUCAACUCAAAUUGCAUAUUUUGAUUUGAUGCCUGAAGUGCAUGACAUCUUUAAUGAAGCAACACUUAGUAGUGGCGUACAUGUAUUUGAUGCUUCCAAUCUAACUCACAAAUCUGAAUAUCAAACAAUUCAUGAAACCGAAACGAAUAGAGAGUUUAUAUCAAAGCAUAAUCCUCCACUUGAAAAUGCAACAGUUUUAUGCGAGACAAUCUUUAAAGUCACUGAAGAAAUACUGUGGGAAGAUCAAGCUGUCAAUUUUGUCAAAGAACAAUUUAUUCGAGAGUUUAAACAUCUUUUGGUGGAAGAUACCCGCAAGCACUACUCCACAUUUGAAUAUUAA